AGAGCUUAGGGGCGUGAAGCUUAAUGCUAGAUAUCGCGUUGCUGUGAGCGGUACAAGUGUGGAAAACAAGAGGCAGUAUUGCGUUCGAGGUAAACCAUUUCACUGCGGGAGCACACAAGGAGCAGACAGCAAAAGUUCCUUCACUCAGGCGCAAACAUGGGUAAGGGAGAUCCUAACAAGCCUCGAGGCAAGAUGUCCUCUUAUGCCUACUUCGUCCAGACCUGCAGAGAGGAACACAAGAAGAAACACCCAGACACUUCUGUGAACUUCGCAGAGUUCUCCAAGAAAUGCUCAGAGAGGUGGAAGACAAUGUCCGCCAAGGAAAAGGGAAAGUUUGAGGAUUUGGCCAAAACUGACAAAGUACGCUAUGAACGGGAAAUGAAAACUUAUGUGCCUUCAAAAACAGAGAAAAAAGGAAAGAAAAAGAAGGACCCAAAUGCACCAAAGAGACCACCAUCUGCCUUCUUCCUCUUCUGUUCUGAACAUCGCCCCCAGAUAAAAACUGAGACCCCUGGCCUUACUAUUGGUGAUACUGCUAAGAAACUAGGAGAGUUGUGGGCCGAGCAAACUCCGAAAGACAAACAGCCAUUUGAGCAAAAAGCAGCAAAACUAAAAGAAAAAUAUGAAAAGGAUGUUGCUGCGUAUCGGGCAAAGGGCAAGAGUGAUGUUGGCAAAAAGGUCCCAGGCAGGCCAACGGGUUCCAAAAAGAAGGUUGAACCAGAAGAUGAUGAGGAUGAAGAAGACGAGGAGGAAGAGGAUGACGAAGAAGAUGAUGACGAUGAUGAGUGAAUGCUUUGCCCGCUGUAUAAUUUGUUCAGAAGUCCAUUGUUUUGCUAAGAAUGUGAACUCGAGUGCAGCUCAUUUUGUUAGCUUGGUUAUAAAAACUGUACAGAAUUGUGUAUAGGUAAUAUGAUUCUUUAGGGAAACCUAUAUUUUAAUGUAUGGAGUAGUUUAAAGGGCUGUUUCUUUAGUGUAAGAGCUUAUGUGGGAUUUCUCUGCAUAUUUAGUGGAUUCUAAGGGUAGCCUGGCAUUAGUAACAAGACACAAUAUUUAGACCUGUAGAGUUGGUGCAUUGUACUUUUUUUCUAACUUUUUUAUCAAUGUUUUUUUUGUAAUAAAAUUUAUAUAUCAUCUGA